CCGCCACUUGCUCAGACGUAGGAACUGCGGGCGUGCGUCCCGGAGCCUCGCGACGCUGGCUGUCCGUGUCUCUGGCAGCCUGGUGGCAGCAUGGCCACGGUGGCAGCGGCGGCCCGCGGGGCCGGGGCGAGAGCAGCGGCGGGACUGCGGAGCGGCGGCGGGGCCGUGGCUCGAGAACGACCGCGCGCGGGCUUCGCUCGGCGUCUGUGCACUGCCCCGGCUGCCCCGGCUGCGGUGGACAUGAAAAGCUACCUGUGGGCGCGUUAUCACGAGGCGAAGAGGAGCACAGACGAAUUGGUUCCUUCCAUCAUGAACAACUUGCUGAAUCCAGAUGCCAUUUUCUCGAACAAUGAGAUGAGCCUGUCAGACAUUGAGAUCUAUGGCUUUGAUUACGAUUACACCCUGGUAUUCUAUUCCAAGCACCUCCACACACUCAUCUUCAAUGCUGCCCGGGAUCUUCUCAUCAACGAACACAGGUAUCCUGCGGAAAUCAGGAAGUAUGAGUACGAUCCAAACUUUGCCAUCCGAGGACUCCAUUAUGAUGUCCAGCGGGCAGUGUUGAUGAAGAUCGAUGCUUUUCAUUAUAUCCAGAUGGGAACAGUGUACAGAGGCCUCAGUGUUGUUCCUGAUGAAGAGGUCAUAGACAUGUACGAGGGGUCCCAUGUGCCCUUGGAGCAGAUGAGUGACUUUUAUGGAAAGAGUUCUCACGGGAACACCAUGAAGCAGUUCAUGGACAUCUUCUCACUGCCUGAGAUGACCCUGCUGUCCUGUGUGAACGAGCACUUCCUGAAGAACAACAUUGACUAUGAGCCAGUGCACUUGUACAAAGACGUCAAGGAUUCCAUAAGGGAUGUCCACAUCAAAGGAAUAAUGUACCGAGCAAUUGAAGCAGAUAUUGAAAAGUACAUCUGUUAUGCUGAUCAGACCCGUGCAGUGUUGGCUAAACUGGCUGCCCACGGCAAGAAGAUGUUCCUCAUUACCAAUAGCCCGAGCAGCUUUGUAGACAAAGGGAUGCGGUAUAUCGUGGGGAAGGACUGGCGAGACCUGUUCGAUGUGGUCAUAGUUCAGGCCGAGAAACCAAACUUCUUCAAUGACAAGCGGAGACCUUUCCGAAAGGUGAAUGAGAAAGGUGUCUUACUCUGGGAUAAAAUCCACAAGCUGCAAAAAGGCCAGAUUUACAAGCAGGGCAAUUUGUAUGAAUUUUUGAAGCUCACUGGAUGGAGAGGAUCCAAAGUCCUGUAUUUUGGUGACCACAUAUACAGCGAUCUGGCGGAUCUGACCCUGAAGCACGGCUGGCGCACUGGAGCGAUCAUCCCCGAGCUUCGUUCCGAGCUCAGAAUAAUGAACACAGAGCAGUACAUCCAGACCAUGACCUGGCUGCAGACCUUGACGGGGCUCUUGGAGCAGAUGCAGGUCCACAGAGAUGCCGAGUCACAGCUGGUUUUGCAGGAGUGGAAGAAGGAGAGGAAGGAGAUGAGAGAAAUGACCAAAAGCUUCUUCAACGCCCAGUUUGGGAGCUUGUUCCGCACAGACCAGAAUCCAACCUACUUCCUGAGGCGCCUGUCGAGGUUCGCUGACAUCUACAUGGCGUCUCUAAGCUGCCUCCUGAACUACGACGUCCACCACACAUUCUACCCCAGGAGGACUCCCCUGCAGCAUGAACUCCCUGCGUGGUCGGACAGCUCGUCUGCCUUCAAAGCCCCUCUGCUGCAGGAGGCUCAGGCCAAGUAAUCCUGUGUUUGCCUGAGGAAAAAGCCAGAAGCAUUUGUGGCCUCACAGAGGGUCAGGUAGCCUGAGAGUUGCUUCCCAGAAUCAGAUACACCUUUUGUAUUUUUUUUCUACAUUACUAUGAAUCCUGAACUGUCCAGGUUGAGACAGGAGCCGGCCGUCUGGGGCCUCCUGGCCCUUCUGCUUACAACGGUGUUGAAACACUGAUGCGACCUUGUUUAUUAUUGUGGAACCAACACGUCAGGCCUCUUGAUGAGUGAGACCUUUUGAUAGCUGGCUGUGUUCCGUAGGUCAAGAGUGGACACUUCUUGAUAAUGUGAGACAUUUCUUGGUUGUUUACAGGCAGCACUGGGGAUUGCAAGGACAAGGUGAUCUGCAGAGACAACAGGAAGCAGGCUGCUGAGAGAGCAGCCCUGCCUGUGGUCAGUUCCCCUGCUCUUCUGGUCCUUGGCUUUCAUGUAGAAAUCCCAGCCUCCCGGAAUGACUUUUUUGAGGGAGAACUGGGAGCAUUUGUCCUCAGUGUGUACUUGCUUUGUCUGCCCCGAAGGGAUGAUGGGUGGGUUUCCCCACCCCAGGAAAGGUGGGAGGAGACAGCCACUCGGCUGUGUGUUGGACCUUAUAGAAGACAAGAAAGACUCAGCCUGUGGCCAGGGCUAGCCUGUGUGUUAGACAUCCAGCACUGAAGGCUCGCUGUGGGAACACCACAUUUCAUGCUGAAAGCCAAGCUGGGGAAAUCUCUUUUACCCUUCCCCCUCUGGAGAGAAGAAUCCUUUAUUAUGGUUGAUUGCAGUAUCUUUGAACACAUUUGAUGCUUGGGCACCACAGGAGUGGCUGCUGUUAUUGACAUAGUUCUUUUUAAUGGUGUUUUCAUUGCAAAUGCCACACAAGUGCUCAUGGCCAGAUUAGCCUUGUCUCAUGUGGCCUGACUCAUUGUAAACUUUUGCACUCACGUGGCGCUGCUGCUGCUGCCAUAGCUGCUGCCAUAGCUGCUGCUUCUUUCCCUCCUCCUCUUCUCCCCUGCCCCACCCCCACCCACAGUUAGGGUCUUGCUUUGGAGCCUAGGCUGGCCUUGGACUCAAUCCUCCUGCCUCAGCCUCCAGAGUGUUGUAUUACAGGCAUGCUUAUGUGUAAAGAAAGGCAGGAACAUGAAGGAAACUUGUGGUGAGCGCUUGCUCUUCGGCAUCUUCACUGCAAUAGGUAGAUCCUAACCAGCUUUUGCAAAAGUUAAACAAACUGUGCAGCAUUCACUGUAAUGCUGUAUGUUAUUUAGCACGGGAUCUUUGAUGUUGGUAGUGUUUAACAUUGUUGACAAGGUGACCCUUCAGGCCCCCUCCCCCCUUCUUGUGUUCUAAACACUGGGGUUCAGCAUUCUGCUCCUUUUCAGAAAGGGAUGGGCAUUCCUUUUUCCCAGUGUUAGCCACCAGGGUGUUUUGGCAGCUGCUCAGUGUCAGGGUCCUAAAAGGAUACAUGCUGCCUGGGAUGCCCCUAACUUGUGCUUGUAGGAGCAGAGUGAAGAAGCUGAAAAAAAAAAAAAAAAAGAAUCUUUGGUUAAAUUGGUCGAAUUAUAUAUUCUUUGGGCGUAGACUACUAGAUGCCAGUUUCAAGGGUUUGUUUACUCAAGAUUGAGGUAGAGCUGCUUUCUUAUGCCUACAGUAGGUGAUCUAAGCCCCUGGGGGAGGAAAACAUCUCCUGGGUAUGAGAAAUGAAUUUUACAGCCUAUUCCUGUGUACAAGGAUCCCAGUCUUGAGGUCACCAAGCAUGGCAGUCCUGGGAUCAUGCAGUUGGUGCUGUGUGGGCUGGCACGGCCUCCCUGUGGGAAGAGCAGGGGUGUUCCCCUGAGUUAUGGUCCUCUCUAGUGCAGUCGGGCCACAUUGAAGCUUGUCCUGGAACUCUUGGCUGGGGUCUGGCCUGCUGCACUGGUAUCUUGUUCUUUCUAGAGUAUUCUUCUGUGUGCACAUUGAGGACGGUAUAUAGGUAAAAAGGGAGGUGGGUCUUUUUCCCACCUUAAAAACAAAAAAAUCAAAUUUUAAACCAAACAGUAAAAUUAUUUUUAAUAUCUUUAAUUUGUAGGUUUUUUUUUUUUUUUUUGACAUUGCUUAGACUGAUUUUCUUAGAAUCAUGUGAACAAAAUUCAGUCUAAGGGCAGUCCCCGCCAGGGUGACGUCCAGCGAGGUCAUGGUGUCAGCAGGGGCCACUGGAGCGGUUCACACUGUUGAGGGGUUCUCAGACUUGCUUUUCCAGGGGAGAGCUGGCUUUAAAAAUAUCCCAGGUGCUGGUGUUUGAAGCUCUUGCUUGUCCUCCUAAGGUAGUGCACCCUCCCCUUCCCACGCCUCUUCCUUCCCCCUCACCCCUUACCUUCUUCCCCUUCUCUCCCUCUUCCCCCUCCUUUUCUCUCUCCCCCUUCCCCUCCUCUCCUCUCCUCCUUUGGCUUUUUACCUAUGUCUGUCUCUGUCCUGCUCCGUGCCUCCCCUUCACCAUUAAUACACCUGCAGCUGAUUUGGUCAGAUCUCAGACUAAAUUACCGGUUGCUUUGAAUGGAUCAGCCCUCUUAUUUAUUGCAAUAAAGGAGACGUGAAAAGCUCUCAUGCCUCCUACCUAAUUUAGCUUUGGGUGAACUAAAUGGCUUUCUCCUCCCUUCAGCAAGGAACACUGAAAUUCCACUUUAUCCAAAUGCUCACUUGCUGCCAAAAACCUACUUGGGGACUCUUGACUAAAAUGCUCAAGAGGCUAAAUUUGGCCAGAUACGGGGCUCCUUGAUAGUUCUCUUCAGCUGCUUAGGGAGCCCAUCCAUUCUUUCCCCUCCUGAGGAUUUUCUUUUGCUUGUUAUUUUGGGACAGGGUCUCAGUGUGUAGCUCUGGCUGGUCUGGAAGUUACUACGUAGAGCAGGUUGGCCUCAAACUUAUGGAGAUUUGCUUGCCUCUGCCCCCCUCCCCCGCACAGAGUGUUGGGUUAAGAGGAGCGUAUACCAGCCUGGCAUGAUUUCCUUUUGUUGGGUGGGUUUUUUUUUUUUCCUUUGUCUUUUAUUUUUCUUGUUAUUUAUUUGUGGUUUUGGCCUUAAUAUUUGGGAGCUAGGUUCUUGAGUUCAGACCAUAGGUUAAGCAAAGGGAAGGAAGAGGAGGGGCCCUUUUCUAAUAAGGGAACCAUUUUAAACUUUGCAGGCCUCUCCCUCGCCGCUUCUGUAGGAAUGGAUAUGCUGUUCCCUUGGGAUUUAAUUCACUAGCACAGGCUGUGGCUUGCUGGCUCUUGCUUGGAUGGCAAGAUUCUUUGCUAAGAGCAUGUGGCGGAGCCUUCCAGCUUGGGUACAGUUAGUGUAAGAUCUAAGCCCCUUAGCCUCCCUGUCUACUCUAUGUAUCUGUCUCCUCUCGGCCAGUGCUAAGCCGAAAUCGCUUCACUGUGUGGAUUUAAGCUACGAGUUGUUGCCCUUUUUAUUACUCUGCUGGGGCUCAGGACUGAAGGUUGAUUCAUCCCAGUGGCUGGGAGCGUUGCUGGCUGCUGUGUUUCUCUUUGAGAAUUUCCUUGAUGCACAGCCCUGCCUUGCCCCAGAUCACAUGCCUCUCUUGGGGGUGUAUAAUCCAUGACUGUUCCUUAAGAAGGGACGAGGGCCCGGUCCCUCCAACACUACUCUGGGGACAGCUCCAGAGCUCCCUUUGGGGGCUACCAAGACUUUCCUGUGCUUACCUUGCAUUUGAGCACCCCCCUCCACCAACCGGUCUGCCCCUCCCCCUCCCAGGUGUCCAUCCCUACAGUGUCCCUCCCAAGAUCUUCCUGCAUGAAGCUUUUGUCUCCAGUCUGCUCCCCCAAAAGUGCUCCUGCGUUUUCCUGUUAGCGCAGGCUUGAGCUCCAUUUCCUCAUUGUGUCGUGGGAUGACCGUGCCUGUGUGGUAUCAGGCACAAUAAAUGCAAAGUAGGUUUACUAUUUAUUCGGAAUGUGAAUUUGCUAUUUAUUCUAUGUGUUGAUUGUAUAUGUUGUGAUAAUGAUCUUAGAGCCAAAUAAAAGCUUGAAUUGUAUCUCC